AUGAAUGUUUGCGAACAAGCACUGCGAAACUACUUUGGUGGAGUUAGCAAAAUCAAUCAGGAAUCAAACCAAGAACCAGGAGUUUUCAUUUUUCGAGUCAAAUUUAACGGAGCAAGUCUGAAUGAGAGACCAACAUUUAGGAGUAAAUUUACCAUAGUGUGUUGCACUGGAUUUGAGAAAAUUUACCCGUCUAUGAAGAAUGAGAUCGAGUUUGGGAAUCAUACGUCACUGAAUCUAUUAUCACUGUAUAACCUCUCUUUCCAAUUGGCAUCUGGCAAGCCGGGUAUUCGUAAGCUUCCGAACUACAGUGUCUCAAACUUGACAAAAUUACUGUAUGAUGAAAUUGGUGGGAAUUGUUACACUAGAGUCAUCCUUUGUUUAUCAGCUAAUCCUGAGCCAGAGAUAUAUUCUCUUUUGUUGAGAUUUACUGCACAACUUACAAAUAUUACAAAUUCACCGGUCAUGAAUGAUGAAUGUGCCUUGCUGUUGGCUGAAAGAGCAAGAGAAACUCAAAGUAUACUGGAACAAGUUAUUAAUGAACAAAAAACUGGGACUACUUUGAACACUGUCAACAAUCUACAGAAUACAGAUUCAUCUUUGCUAAAACUAAGAGAACAUAUUCAAGAACUGUCUCAAAAUCUUGGAAAAACUCAUGAGGAAUUAUCACAUGCUACUGAUGAACGGGUGAAGUUAUCUAAAGCAUGGCUUUUAAGUGAAGAAGAUAGAAUUGAUGCCAAUGAAAAAUUAGCAAAGACAGAGUUAGAAUUACAAGAAGUUACUUUAAAAAAUAAACAACUUCAACUGAUAUGUGAGAAAGCGACAGAAGCUGCAAAACAUUCAGUAGAAUUGCAAAGAUCUAAUGAUGUGCUAAACAAUUAUUGUACAGAAUUAAAAAAGAAGCUAGGUGAUUUACAUGAAGAAUUAAAUAGAAUGUCUAUACGAAAUGAAGAACUGAGUCGUGAAUUACUACAUCAGACGGCUGAACAAAAAUCUGUAUUAACAUUUUUGGCAAAUAAAAAUACAGAAAUGAAGACAAAAGAAUUGCCCAGAUUUGAGAAAGAAUUGGAUCGUGUUGAAGUUAUGCUUGGUACAACAGCGUAUCAUAAGAAAAAUGCAAAAAUUAAUUCGAUUCCUGAAACAUCUGGAUACAAAACUAAUACAUUCAAUACUAAUACUGAGUCUAAAAAUCAACGAUCGUCAGAGAAUAAAUGGACAAAUCUAAAAGACAAGAAAAUCCUUCAAUAUGCUGAAAAACAAGUAAAAUUGAAUUUAAUCAUGAAAGAACGUGAUCAACUUCAAAUAGAAUUAACAAAUACGAAUCGAAAAUUAGCUCGAUUCUUAGAUCAUUUUAAAGCUCGUUUAAUUUAUCAUAUAAAUGGAAUAACUCGUUUAGUAGAUGCUACAAAAUCCAAUGAUAAAUUAAUUGUCAGUGAAGGACUUUAUGGUUUAGAAAAAUAUAUUAAACAUUUAAUUGCUGAUAUAAAUGCAACUUAUAAAAUACGUGAAAAUCAACUAGUUAACAUUUGCCGAUCGCUUAAUGGUCAGUUGCAUGCAACACGUGAAGCAAUGCGGAAAGUGAUGAUUUGUUAUACUAAACUAAGAACACAAGCAAUCCAACCAAAUGCAUGUAUUAAUGAUCCAGGACCUACACCACAAGAAUUAAUCGAUGAGUUAAGUUGGUCAGGUAGAAGUAAUGAAGAUUAUUUAUUGAAUUUAAACGCUUCUAUAAUGGCUGAAAGUACACAACCUGUCAAAAAUCGAUCGCGGCGACUUACAAGAAUGAAUAUAUCAGAGGGAAUUUUAAAUUAG